AUGAUGCACGGCUUACACAAACCUUUGCUGUUUCUUGCUGUGAUAUGUCUGGGGCGAAAAGCGCUUGGGAGUGAAAUCAUAAAUGGGGAAGAGGCCAAGAAAAACUCACUGAAAUACAUGGCUUCUGUGCAGCAUAAUGGAAAGCAUGUCUGCGGAGGAUUAAUUGUUAGCAACGACUUUGUAAUCACUGCUGCCCACUGUGACAAAGGGGAAAUGACUGUAGUUCUUGGUACCCACAACAUUAAGAGAAUCAAUGAAAAACAAAUGCGACACAAAGUGAUGAAAUGCAAACAUCCCUCCUUUAAAGACGUUGGACAUGGGAAUGACAUCAUGCUUCUCAAACUGUCACGGAGAGUGAAACUUGGCAAAUCACUUAAAACAGUUAAUCUGCCGAAUCCGGGAGAAAUCGUUGAAGCAAACACCAAGUGCCAUGUAGCCGGGUGGGGACUCACCGAACGUGGCAGUGGCACAGACAAGCUCCGUGUGGCGAACGUCUCCACCAUUGACCUGGAGCUCUGCCAGAGAGAAUGGAUAAGGUCCAAGCUCACCCUCCCUCCAAAUAUUAUCUGUGCAGGCGGAUAUAAAACAGACAAAGGAGCGUGUCAGGGGGAUUCUGGUGGCCCUCUGGUGUGCAAUAACAAAGCUGUUGGAAUCGUAUCUUUCAACUUGAAUAAAAACUGUAACUACUCAAAUUUGCCCAACAUCUAUACAGACAUAUCAAAGUUCCUACCUUGGAUCAAGAACAUCCUGAAGAGAAAGAAGUGUGUUUAGUGGUCUUCCAAAAAAAAAAAAAAAAGUUCGUCUUGUUUCGAUAUGCUAAUAUUGCACUGCUAUAUCUGGAUCGGCUGGUUUUAACUCUUUGUUAUAUGUGAGUUGCCCUGUCACUAUUUGCA